AUGAUCGCUCGGUCACAAGAAGAGAUUGCUCAAGAAGCAAUAAAGCACGCGUUGAAAGCUUUGAACAAGCGGCAUCUACUGGAAGAAGGAGCUCAUGCUCCUGCCUGUAUUGCUCUUUCCAGGCCCAUUAUUUCUCAGGGAUCAGAGUGGAAAGAAAAGGCAGAAAAUUUAGAAGAAGAACUUCAGCAAUGUUACAAAGCUCAAUCUCGGUUAUCCAACCAACUUGUAGUGGAGGUAGCCGAAUCGAGAGCAGCCAAGACUUCUCUGCAGGAGAAGGAAGCAGCUAUCACUGAUUUGCAAAAUGAGGUUACUCAAAUAAGGGAUGAGUGCAGUCAGUUGAAGGAGGACUUAGAGGAAAAGAUUAAAGCUUUAGAAUUGGUAAUGAGUGAGAACAAAGCACUUAGAACACAAUUGGAAGAGAUGACUCUUAAAGCUAAGAAUGCUGAGGCUGAAAAUAAGAUGUUGGUUGAUCGAUGGAUGCUACAGAAGAUGCAGGAUGCUGAACGCCUAAAUGAGGCUAAUGCACUUUAUGAAGAAAUGAUUGAUCGGCUCAAGGCAAGUGGUUUAGAGAGCCUUGCUCGGCAACAAGUGGAUGGAGUUGUCAGGCGAAAUGAAGACGGUGCUGAGUACUUUGUUGAAUCAACUAUCCCCUCUACAUGCAAGCAAAAGAUCACUGCUCAUGAGGGUGGCUGUGCUUCUAUAUUGUUUGAGUACAAUUCUGGAAAAUUGAUUAGUGGGGGACAAGACCGGUCAAUCAAGACAUGGGAUACAAAUACAGGAUCAUUAAGUCGCACUCUUUAUGGUUGUCUUGGCUCUGUUCUUGAUCUUUCCAUUACCCAUGACAAUAGAUCUAUCAUUGCAGCUAGCAGCUCAAACAACUUGUAUGUAUGGGAUGCUACAACAGGGCGUGUACGUCACACUCUCACAGGUCACACUGAUAAAGUUUGUGCCGUUGAUGUCAGCAAAAUUUCAAGUCGUCAUGUUGUCAGUGCUGCUUAUGAUCGUACUAUAAAAGUGUGGGAUCUGCAAAAGGGUUUCUGCACCAACACAAUCAUUUUCCACAGCAAUUGCAAUUCUCUUUGUUUCAGCAUGGAUGGACAGACUAUUUGUUCAGGCCAUGUUGAUGGGAAUCUUCGUUUGUGGGAUAUUCAGACAGGAAAGCUACUUAGUGAAGUUGCUGCACAUUCACUUGCUGUUACAUCAAUAUCUCUGUCUCGAAAUGGAAGUGUCGUACUGACAAGUGGGAGAGACAACUUGCACAACUUAUUUGAUAUGCGAUCUUUGGAAGUUUGUGGCACAUUAAGAGCAACUGGAAACAGGGUGGCUUCUAAUUGGAGUCGCUCCUGUAUCAGUCCUGAUGACAACUAUGUUGCUGCUGGUUCAGCUGAUGGAUCUGUACAUAUUUGGUCAAUAUCUAAAGGGGAUAUUGUGAGCACUCUGAAGGAACACACUGCUCCUGUCCUUUGUUGUUCAUGGAGUGGUCUAGGCAAACCACUAGCCUCUGCUGACAAGAAUGGAAUCAUCUAUACCUGGACAUGA